GUCUUUGUGUAUUCGUUAAUAAGCCACUAUCCAGCUAACUGAACAUGUGCUUUGUUGUCGAAAUGAGAAGGUGGAACUAAAAAAAUAAAACAUUCGAAGCAGAAAUGUGUAGCACCGGGUGUAACCAACGAGACACCGUUAGCCGAGUUAGGUAGCCUGCUAGCUAGUAGCUGUGUGGCAUAACCUUGGUUUCAGUAACACGAUUUAUUGUCUAACUAAAAAAAGCUAAAAAUUGGAUGACUAACUGCAUUUUCAAUGUCAUCACGGAAUCUUUGCAGUACGUAGCUUAUUAUUAGCGGUUGUCAAAGUUAGCUGUGUGACUUCACGGCCACCGGGUGUCUGGUUGCACAUCUCAAAUUACGGACACGUCAAGGCCCUAUUCUGAAUCUUUAUAUUGGGGGGCUGUUAUGUCGGAGCCCAAGACCCCCAGUCCAGCUCCUGCUGGAGACACAUACAAAGGCUGGGUGUUCAAGUGGACCAAUUAUAUUAAAGGAUACCAGCGAAGGUGGUUUGUCCUGAGCAAUGGCCUGCUCUCCUACUACAGGACCCAGGCGGAGAUGGGCCACACGUGUCGAGGCACCAUCAACCUGGCCACGGCAACCAUCGCUGUGGACGACGCGUGCAACUUCGUCAUCUCCAACGGAGGGGCGCAGACGUACCACCUGAAGGCCAGCUGUGAGGUGGAGAGGCAGCGCUGGAUUACCGCCCUGGAGCUGGCCAAAGCCAAGGCGGCCCGAAUGCAGGCAGAGUCUGAUGACUCUGGGGAUGACUUCCCUCAGAACUCGCCCUCCGCCCCACCAGGCCAAGGAGUGGGUUCUCAGAGCUCUGAGGUCCAGUCCACCCUCAGGACGCUCGGCAGCAAGGUGGACGAUCUGAGCACGUGCAAUGACCUCAUCUCUAAACACGGCUCGGCACUGCAGAGGUCCUUGUCUGAGUUGGAUAGCUUGCGGCUCACUGGAGAGGCCGGAGAUAAGAUCCGACAGGUGACGGAGAGGGCCACACUUUUCCGAAUCACCUCGAACGCCAUGAUCAAUGCAUGCCGGGACUUCUUGUCCCUGGCCCAAGCCCACAGCAAGCGCUGGCAGAAGGCCCUGCAGGCAGAGCGGGACCAGAGGGUGCGGCUGGAGGACACCCUGGAGCAGUUGGCCAAGCAGCACAACCACCUGGAGAGGGCCUUCAAGAGCAACACCUCUGCAGACAGCAACGGUUCUGCCACCGCCAAAGGAGAAGGAAGUGAUGAGGACGAUGACAAUGAGUUCUUUGACGCCGUGGAAGAGGCCCCAGAGUUCAUCACUGUGCCCGCUGACCCCCACUUCCACAAGAGAUCAAGCAGCAAUGUCAGCGUCUUCAACAGUGACUUCUGUCCUGACGAUCAGUCGCUUGACGAGCAGCUGACAUCCAUCAAUCCGGAGUCUCCUCAGUCAAUGGAACCAAUGAGGAAGAGGCGCACGAAGAUCCCGGACAAGCCCAACUAUUCACUUAACCUGUGGAGCAUCAUGAAGAACUGCAUCGGCAAGGAGCUGUCCAAGAUCCCCAUGCCUGUGAACUUCAACGAGCCCAUCUCCAUGCUCCAGCGUCUGUCCGAGGACCUGGAGUACUACGAGCUCCUGGACAAGGCGGCCAAAUGCCAGAGCUCCCUGGAGCAGCUGUGCUACGUGGCGGCCUUCUCCGUCUCGUCCUACUCCACCACGGUCCACCGCACGGGGAAGCCCUUCAACCCCCUGCUCGGGGAGACCUUCGAGCUGGACCGCCGGAGAGAGACGGGCUACCGGUCACUGUGCGAACAGGUGAGUCACCAUCCUCCUGCAGCUGCCCAUCACGUGAUCUCCGACCGAGGCUGGACUCUAAGGCAGGAAAUCGCUGUAGCCAGCAAGUUCAGGGGCAAAUACCUGUCAAUCAUGCCUUUAGGGACGAUCCACGCUGUCUUCAACAAGACCAACCACCACUACACGUGGAAGAAGGUCACCACCACCGUCCACAACAUCAUAGUGGGGAAGCUGUGGAUCGACCAGUCAGGAGAGAUUGACGUGAUAAAUCACCAGACAGGCGACCGCUGCCAUUUGAAGUUCGCUCCGUACAGCUACUUCUCCAGGGAUGUAGCCAGGAAGGUGACUGGCGUGGUGAUGGAUAAAGACGGGAAGGCCCACUACAUUCUCUCCGGGACCUGGGACGAGAAGAUGGAGUUCUCCAGGGUGAUGCAGAGCACCAUGGGGGAGAACGGCACCGAGGGCAGACAGAAGACCGUCUACCAAACGCUGAAAGCCAAGGAGCUGUGGAGGAAGAACCCGCUGCCCGAGGGAGCGGAGACAAUGUACUUCUUCACCCACCUGGCCCUGACUCUGAACGAGCCGGAGGAGGGCGUGGCGCCCACGGACAGCCGCCGGCGACCAGACCAGAGGUUGAUGGAGGAGGGCCAGUGGGACGAGGCCAACGCCGAGAAGCAGAGGCUGGAGGAGAAGCAGCGCGGCGUGCGGCGCGAGAGGGAGCGGGAGGCAGUCAGCCAGCGCGCCGCCAGCGAGUCGGAGGAAGCUGUCGAUGAGGAAUCUUUAACUGACCCUUCCCUGAAAAGCACUUACCAGGACAACUACACAGCACAGUGGUUUGAGCGCUGCGAGGACCCUGUCACCGGUGAAUCCACUCACAUCUAUAAGGGAGGCUACUGGGAGGCCAAGGAGAGAGGCAGCUGGGAAUCCUGCCCCGAAAUAUACUGACCUUGGAAUAGCUGUCUUUAAGUGGAAGCCAACCCCAGGACACGAACUUCAUAUCAUUUGACCAAUGGACAGCUACGCCCCUGCCCAUCAGAGGGACGGUUCGCUCCAAUGGCUCUCUGUUCUAAGAGACCCAGAAGGAUGCGGCCUGGUCCAGGUGGGUGGACCGGGGUGUUCCCAAGACCUGGUUCCAUUUCAGUCCCUAGCCCCAACCCCCUGACCCCCUUAACUCCGCCUCUUAUGUUGUUUCCAGGACUGAGGUGUGGACUAGGUAAAGCCAAUCUGGUGGAAACCUUGUUCCUUCUAUAGGAUGGCUCGUCUGCAGUGUACGCCUAUUCGAUCUCUUUACACUUACCGUCAUGUGGUGUGAGGGGGAACGGGCUAGAGACUUAUGUCGGUGCUCAGUUCUGUAUUGAAUCACACCGUUAAUUUCUUGAAUUUGACUCGGCCACACCACACAUGGACCAGGAUUGAACGAAGCAAAUUCAAAGCGGUUAUUCUUGAAACCAAUACUGGUGUAACUAAUGUUGAACAUUUUAAUUGUUUUUCUGACUAAUUCAUCUUUAAAACAAUUUGAAAUAAUUAUGAAAACCUUCUUAAACCCUUUUGAAUUUCAUACAUUUUAAUGUUUUAAAUAUCUGGAAAACACUUUAUUUUCCAGAAUAAUUAACCAGAAGAGCACAAAGUUAUAAAAUCACACUAAUAUUUUAGUUGGUAUGACUGACUUGCGUUAUUCAGUAAAAUAUCCUUUCGAAAAAAUAUUUGUAUAGUGAACGAGGCUUGUUUCCAUUAAAAUGUUCCUUCCUGUGAGAUUUGGCUAGUUUAAAUGCAGCUGAAUUCUUAAUUGAUCCCAACCCUGCUAGAACCUGAAAUGGAACUGGGGCAUCUGUUUUUUACCAAGUCACCCGUCUUUUACCAAGAGAAGCAGGCCCGGUCCAGAUGAGGUCUGAUUGGCACUGACUCUUCACCCUGCCGUGUUGUGCCCGAGAGCAAUCUCUGCGAAGCCAUACUGUAGUGCCCCUGUGUUAACCCAGAGCAUUGUAGUUGCGGGUAAUCUUUACUGUUCUCAUUGUGGAAUAGCGUAAUACUCAGUUAACAAUGUAGUAAGUAAUUAAAUCACUGAUCGGUGGCCUUCAAGAAGUUGGGGAAGGUUUCUUCUUUCAUUUCUUUUGAUGAGAGCUUUUUCGGGCGCUGGACCUUAAGGUCCCGGGCCCCCUUGCGUGUCUUGAUUGCAUAUCCGUUCUUCCGUCGGGAGCAUUAUGAAACACAUCGCUGCCGUCGUGCAGUAUCAACACAAAUGAAGAAGUGGGUUCUAGUAUAGUCGUUUCUGUACUGUAUUGGUUUCCUCACCGGGGCCUUGUUUUUCUUACACUCUAUGGAUGCUCAUAGAAAUUACGAGAUGGUGCAAUUAACUAUUUUUUUUUUUAUUAUUAUUAUUGGGAUGCUGUUUUGCUAACUUCGUUGGAAGGUGGCAUCUUUGCCUGGAGGUAGGCAUCUAGCUCUGAGCCUCGCCUCUGCUCUCACCCCAAUAGACUGGAAAACACUUACAAAAUAAGAUUUUGUUCAAACGCAAAAGGUGGAACAUAAUCAAACCCACACAACGGCAGACCAUUAUGCCUUGGUAAAGGAAAUGCUAAUUUUAAUGAAGUGAAGGCUUUUUUUACCUCGCAAAAGUGACUUGCAUUAAUAGUGUGACAUAAAUCUUUCCUUAGCUGAGAAAAGUUUUUUUUUUUUUUCUCACCUCAGGAACAAGGGUAUGUAGCUGUUGUGUGUGUUUGAUAGAAAAAAAUAGGAGCAGUGAGCUACAUGUGUUAUUUGAAGUGGUUAGAACAGUGUUAGCUAGUUAAUUCUGUGUGUAUUUCUGUAGUUAGGAGAGCAUGGUGUGAGAGCCUGACCUCAGAGGGUGACAUAGAUUGAGGGGAAAUUAAUUGUGGUGAAACGCUGUCGAUUUGUGUUCUUAAGAGUACAUAUGCAAGUGUGUUAUCUUUUUUGACACCAAAAAAUGAGAUUUACUUUGUGUGAGUUUCAUAAUUUUGUUUGUAAGUGUACUUAAAAUGAAGCAUAAAUAAACAAUUGCAAAUAAAUGAGUUAUAUAUGUAUAGAGAAAGUAUUACAAUAGACACUAUGAUAAUGGCAAGGUAGGUUUUUUGAUUUGUCUUAUUUUCCUUCUGUUUUAACUGGAGCAAAGUGUCUUCAUUUUCUUAAAAAGGGAGAUUACUUUCAAAACUGUAAUGUGUGUGUGUGUGUGUGAAUUUUUUUUCUCACACUUCUGCUUUUUCUUUUUGUCUUAAAAACAUAUUUCUAAAGAAUAUAAAAUACCAGUAUGUUAAACCAAUUGCUGUAACAAAUGUUUUUCAUACUACUUUUGCUGAAUUGUUUUCUUCUAUUCCCAAUAUUUUUUCACUGUUAUUAAUUGGAUAGCAAAGGAACGUUUGUUGCCAAAUCAAUUAAAAAGGAAAUAAUAUCUGGACUCGUUUACGUUAUUGCUGUGCAACGUUGAGGGAGAUUACUUCCAAAAGUU